AUUGGCGGGCGGUUUGAAUGACGGAAGUGACGGUGGCUCGGCGAUGGCUGCCUCGCAAGCGCAGGAACGGCUGUUCGGAAGCUGAUCGGCGGCGACCGCCGGGGCCUUCGCUGUCUGAGCUGCGGUUCUUGGCUCCCGGCUACAGGUUCUCAGAACCUUUAUAUGUAAAGAACACAGAAAUGAAAAGAAAAGUAAAUGCUGGCAAGUUGAGAUUGAGUCCUAAUGAGGAAGCUUUCAUUUUAAAAGAAGAUUAUGAAAGAAGACGAAAACUAAGAUUGCUGCAGGUUCGAGAACAAGAAAGGGACAUUGCUUUACAGAUAAGAGAAGAUGUAAAGCAGAGGAGAAAUCAGCAAUUUAUUCGUUUGGCAGAGGCGCUAAGAACAGAAUGGGAAGAAUCACAAACUCAGAAAAUAAAGAACUUGGAACAACUCUAUUUGGCAAGUUUAAGAAGUAUGGGAGAGGGACAUCAACGAGCCAAAGAAAAUGAACCUGAUUUGAAUGCUCUGGCAGAGCAGGCAGCAGAAAGAAAAAGAAGAGCAGAAGUGAGGCAUAAAGAAGCCUUGAAAGUACAGAAAAAUCAAAAAGAAAUGUUAAUGAAACAAAAAACCUGGCAUAUAAAAGCUCGAAAGGAAGCACUGCUUGUGGAAAAAGAGAGAUCUGCCAAAAUUACAAGUCUGCCACCUCCUCCUCCAACUCUUUUUGAGAACAUUGAAGUAAAGAGAAUUUCUAAUGUGAAAACAGGUAGCUCUACCUACCAUCAUCUUUACACUUUCGUGAAUAGAGAGAUAGACACAAAGCAGCCAGAUCCUCAUUUGGCUGCUGAAGAAGAAGCUAAAAGAUUGGAAGAAGUACAAAAACAAGCAGCGAAAGAGAGAAUGGAACAGAAUGAAAAGGCACACGUACGGGGUUUCCAAGCAAUGAAAAAGAUUCAGUUGGCUCAAAAUCAAGAGAAACUAAUGAAAGAACUCAGACAGCUACAGCAAGAGGAUCUGGCACGUAGGAGACAGACUGUAGCACAAAUGCCAUCACAACUACUUGAACUUCCAUACAAACGCAGUGAAAUGAAAGAAGAUUGGCAGAGAGAGCUAGAAUUUGCCUUUGAAGACAUGUACAAUGCAGACAGGAAGGUGAAAGGAAACCUGAUUUUGCACCUUGAACCAGAGCCUUUGCCCACUGUGACUGAUCAGAUCGAAGAUGAACUGGACCUUUCAAUGGAACAAGAAAAUUUAGGUGCAACUGAAAACCUUCCAGUGACAGAAGCUGAAAGAACAUGUUUUAGUGAAGCAGAUGUCCCCUUGGCAAUGAAGACCCACCAGCUCCCUUCAAAAAUUCUUUUUAAAAAAUUAUUAAAUAAGAUCCGAAGCCAAAAAUCUCUCUGGACAAUUAAAUCCAUGUCUGAGGAUGAAAGUGAGGAGACUGCAACUGUUAGUGGAACUGAGAGCGAAGCACCAACAGCUAAAUCAGGAACGACUGCUGUCGAAGAGAGGACGUUAUCCUCUGGGCAGGAACAAGUUGAAAGUGAUACGAUAACAGUUGACUCUGGACCACUUACUAGUGAGGAUAAACCACUUUCAUGUGAUAGAGACUCUAAAAAGGAACAAGAAAUAAAAGAGACUCAGCCUAUCACAACUGUAGCUCAGAGUUCAGUACUACUUCAUCCUCAAGAAGAAGCAGCCAAAAUUAGAAUGGCAGCAAGGCAGAAACAGAUAAUGGAAAUAGAAGAGCAGAAGCAAAAGCAGUUGGAAUUACUUGAACAAAUUGAACAACAGAAGUUAAGAUUAGAAACUGAUUGCUUCAGGGCUCAGCUGGAAGAAGUAAAAAGAAAAAAAGCUCAACAGACUGGGGUUGGCAGUGCUCCAGGAUCAUGUGCCAUCAGUACUGAUGAAGAAAGUCAUAGGCGGAUGAUUCGUAACUAUCAACAUCAGCUUUUACAGCAAAACAGGCUUCACAGAAAGUCUGUUGAAACAGCCAGGAAACGAUUACUUGAGUAUCAGACUAUGUUAAAAGGGAAAUACCCAUCCAUGACAGCCACAUCGUUGAUAUCCGAUUCUGUUACAUCAGUCCCACCACUGAAAUCUGAAAGACUCACUGUUGUAUCAGACCUUUGGGACCAAGGCCAGAGACCUAAGUUGUGUCCUAACGAAUAUCAACCUAUACAGCUCAUACAGAUCCCCAAAUCAGAACCAGAUUAUUUUCAGGUUCCACGACAAAAAGGCUUUCCACAAAGACAGAUAGAAACAACAAAAACUGAUGUUUUAGCCAACCAAUGUUUAGAAUCACAAGAACGGCCAAAGCAAUUUUCUCAGACUGAAACACAACAAAGAGACUAUAAAUCAGUCCCUGAAGAGUCUCAUAUACUUCCAGGGGCUCUAUCACAUGAUAGGCUUCCAGUAUUCCGGCAUUCUAGUGAAAUAGCUGAAACAUCUAGGGCAACAACUUUUCAAACUUUAGACUCCCAGCAGAUUGUUUCAGAGAACAAUGAAAAUAUAUCUUCUAAGCUAACCGAACCUUCUUCAUUCCUACCACCACUGGUACCUGAGCAUUCUUUUCGUACUGUGCCUGCUAAAGUUGAAUCUGGAGAAAUCCAGGAAACCUUUUCAACCAUGAGCAAAAGUGCAGUUUCUGUAAGCCAUUCUAUAAUCAGACAAAUGCAGGGUAAGUCUUUGCCAUCCUCAGAGAACAUCAUAUCCCAAAAGGGUAACUUGAAGGCUCUCCAAGAACAGUUAGACCUACAGAAGGAAGUUCUUCGCUCAAGACAGAAAGCUCAGGAACAGUUCCUUUUGUGCAAACAAAAAGAAUUAGAAGGGCAAACUGGUGUCUCUACAUUGCUUCCAUUGGUACCUCUGGAUUCAUCUGCUUCACUGCCUUCUGCCAAAGUUGAAUCAGAGAGAAUCCGGGAACCUUCUCCAGCUAAGAAUGAUUCUGCAGUUUCCUCGGGUCAUCCUGGGAUCCCACAACUUCAGGAUAGGCUUUUGCAUUUUUCACAGCCUAUCUUACCACAGCGACAUCAUUUUAAAUUUCUUCAGCAACAGUUAAAUAUUCAGAGGGACAGCCUUCAGGCUAGGCGAGAAGCCCAGGAAGUAUUAUAUGUACCUACACAGGGUGAUCUGAAUGGAAAAGUGCGGUCUGAACAGACCGAGCCCCCUUCUCUCCCAUCUCAGGUAGCUCAGCAUGCAUUUACUUCACUUCUUUCUGCUGGUACUCAAUCUGGAAAAAUCCAGAAGCAGUAUUCAUCAAAGAGUGAAGAGGGCCUUCUCUCAAGCCAGUCUGAAAUCCCAAAAUCUCAGGGUAGCUCUUUGAGUUUCAUACCUUUGCAUGAUAAUUUGAAGUUGCUCCAAGAGCAGCUGGCUGCACAGAGGGAAACUCUUCAGCCUGGGCAUGAAGCCCGGGUGGAAUUACUUUUACAUAGACAAAGGGAUUUGGGGGACAAUAAAUCUGGGCAGAUGAGUUCUUCAUUCCCACCAAUGAAAAAAUGCAAGCUUCCUAAAACUGAGCCUGGAUUUCAGAACCUUUAUUUGUCUGAGAAGGAGAGUACUAUUUCCUCAAGUCACUCGGUAAUGCCAACGUUUCAAGAUGAGUCUCUCAGUUUUCCACUGCAUAGCCUGCCACAGCAAGAAAAUCUGACAACUCUCCAAGGACAGUCGCACAUACAGAGGGUAAUACUUGGUGCCAAACAAGAAACCCAGGAAUUUGUACACAAACAAAGUGAAUUAGAAAAAGGAAUUUCUUCUGAACAGACUGGCACUUCUUUAUCCCUAUCGCAAGUAACUGAAUCUGAAAGGUGCCAGGAAUUUAUGUCAAUCAAUAGUGACAGUACGGUCUCCUUGAGCCAUUCUAAGUUCCCAAGAUUUCAGGAAAGAGUUAUGAGAUUUUCACAAGGUAAUUUGGAGGAACAUCAAGAACAGCUGGACACAGAGAAGGAGGCCAUUCGUUUUAGCCAGAAAACCCAAGGAAAUGUAUCUUCUGAACAAAUUGGUUCCUCCUCAUUCAUCCCCCAGUUAGGACAGUUUUCAUUUACUUCAUUACCUUCUGAAUCUGGUAUAACCCAGGAACCUCUUUCAACAGAGAGUGAUGGUAAAAUUCCUUCAAGCCAUUUCCAGAUCCCACAAUUGCAGGAUAGGCUUUUGAGAAUAUCCCAACUUAUCCAGCCUCAACAAGAUAACUUGAGGGCACUUCAAGAACAAUUAGCCACACAGAGGGAAGCCAUCAUUCAACCUAGACAGGAAGCCCAGGAAGAAUUACUUUUACAUAAACAGAGUGAGUGGAAUGAAGGAAUAUCUCCUGAUCAGAUUGACACCUCUUUCUUACCCUUAAGUGGACAACAUUCAUUUGCUUCAUUACCUCUUGCUGAAUCUGAUAGAAUCCACGAACCUUGCCCAACUGAGAUUGACAAUACAGCCUCUUCAAGUCAUUCUGAGAAACCAAGAUUGCCUGAUAGGCUUUUGGGUUUAUCACAGCCAGUUUUACCUCAAGGUAUAUUGCCCAGACAAAAUAAAUUUGAGGAAAAUUUAUCUUCUGAGCAUUUUAUCCAACCUCACCAUGGUGAUCUGAAGGUAUUUCAACAGCAGUUAGAUAUACAAAGGAAAGCCAUUCGGUUUAGACAGGAAGUCCAAGAAAAAUUGCUUUUGCAAAGACUAAGUCAAUUGGAGAAAAGGGUAUCAUCUGAUCCGACGAGCUCCUCUUCAUUGUUAUCCCAGGUAGCACUGCCUGUUGCUGAAUCUGAAAGAAUCUCAAACUCUUUUCCAACAAGAAGUAACAGUACUGUUCCCUCAAGUCAUCCUGAGAUCCCCAGAUCACAGGAUAGGCUUUUGAGUUUAUCACAGCCUUUUCUGCCUCAACAAGAACAUUUGACAGCACAAUCGGAUUUACAAAGGGAAGUAAUGCAUUCUGAUGAGAAGGCCCAGGAAGAACUGUUUUUAAACAAAAAUAACUUGACUGAAAGUGAAUCUUUGGAGCACGCUAUUCCCUUUUUGUCUCUACCCAAGGAAAGAGAGCAUUUAUUUAUUCCACUACCAUUUGCUGAAGUGAAAUCUAAAGACAUUUGUGAACUGGAUUCAUUCAAGAAUGGACAUGCAGUUCCUUCAGGCAAUUCUGUGGUCCCCAAAUUUCAAGAUAGACUUUUGAGUUUUUCACAGCCUAUCUUAGCUCAGCAAGAUAACUUGGGACUUGAGAAGCAGUUGGAUCUACAAAAAGAAAUCCUGCAUUAUAACCAAAAAGCCCAAGAAGAACUGCUAGUACAGAGACAAACAGAACUGCAGCAGCAGAUACAGAAACACCAAGAGACUUUGAAGGAUUUCUUUAAAGAUGGUCAGACAAGUAAGUCCACACUUGAAAAUGAUUUAAAAACCCAGAUGCUCAGGGAGUGGCUUCCUCAUCUCCAAGACCAAGCUAGAGAUGGUCCUGAAGACAUUAGUCCUGCAGAUAAAAGCAAUUCUGAUGAUAAUCAUCAGCUGCUUUCAGAAGAUAGUAGCACCAAACAAAAUGGUGAGCAUCUGAACAGAGAACCGGAUAGGAGAGCCUCAAAGCCACCUGUAGCAAAAGUGAAAUGUGGAUUGGACUUGAACCAACAUGAACUUAGUGCUAUUCAAGAGGUAGACUCACCAGCAAGUGGCAGACCUUCUAUACUAGGUAAAUCAGAUUUUUAUCAAGACAGAGACCCCCUGCGGGUCUCUGUUAGUCGAGAACAAAAUUUCCUUGAGACCUCACUGGACCACGAUCCAUUUGGUCGUCCUCCCCCAACUGACCAGGAGAAGGUCUGUGGUGAUGAUUCUGAUGAAGCAGUCAAGGUUAAGGAGGCUGUGAUUGAGAAUCAUGCAGUAUUAAGUUAUGCCGUGGAGGAAGAAGAACAUACAUAUCUGAGUCCAGCUGUGAAGCCAGAUAGUAAGGCUGACACACAAGAGAUUUAUCAUGAGCCAUUGUCUUCAGUAACUGUUUCUACUGGGAGCUUAAGUUAUGAAAACAUAGAUUUGAGCUUUACAGAUCCAGAAUCAUUUUCAGAGUAUGUGGACCAUAGGGAACAAGAAUCUACCACCGGCAAAGAAGAAGAAACAAAUAUUUUAAGUUCUAUAGUUCCUCCAUCACAAGUUAUUUACCAAAGGCAGGCCUCUUGGGACAUUCAUAAACCUAUGUUGGCUGCAGUGGAAAAAUGUACAUCUGGUCAAGCGCACGUUCAGCAGAUGAUAGACAAGUACAUAAAUGAAGCAAAUUUGAUGACUCAAAAAGACUUGCGGGUUGAUCUUGACUUUCCAGAAUUGGAACACAUUUUUCCAAACUUGCAUCAUCAGCUGUUUAAACCCUUAGAACCACAUCCAGAUUUUGAUUUGUCAUCAUUAUCCUCUGGGAUUUCUCAAGAGAGCAGAGACUUUUACCAGAGCUCAGACUCCUCAUGUGAAAGCCACCAUGCAACUAUGUCAUCCAAAAGUACAGUUUCUUUUACAGCACUGAGGACCAGCCUGCAUUCUCCUCUUAACAUAGGCCUGAAUCAGCAACCUGACCCUAACUUGGCUCACACUGCAGCUCACAGUUUUCCCACAGAAAAUAUUAUCGAGGGAUCUGAACAAUCUUUUAAACAACUUCUGCCAGAAUUUUCUUCCCAGGAGGGGAGCCAGCAUGCUGAUCUACCAAGUAUUUUUAGCAUUGAAGCAAGAGAUUCUUCCCAAGGCAUGGACAAUCAGAACUACUCCUCUGAACAGACUGAAAUACUACAAAAUAAGAAAAAAAGUGUUCAUUUCCAGCUUUCUGUAGGAAAUUUUCCAGAUUCAGUUUUCAGUUUAUCUGAUGAGGCUAAUGUAUUUCAUCAGUUAAAUCUACAGCAUAGCCCUCCGCGUAGUUCUACCUCUAGUGCAUGCUCAAUGAAAGACCAACUAGAAGACAGGAAAGAAAGACUGGCCUUUGGAGAACUAUCAGAAAGAGGGGUUGAUCCAGUGUUACAAAGUCAAGGACUCAUUGAUGAUAAUAAAACCUGUGGGGUUUUAAAUACAAAUCCAUCUGUAGAGGAAACUGACUCACAGCUAUGUGUAAGAACAGUGGAGAUGGGAAUUCAGACACCAUAUUCAUUAACUCUUCAGAAUGAAAAAUAUUUUGAGAACUCAACUAAAGCAGAAACUCCAAAAAUCACACAAAACCUCUCUCAGCUAUCACAGUCUGAGCCGUUUUUAAGUUCUGGUUCAUUUUCACUACAGAGCUCUAUUCCAGUCUGGGAGACAGAGUCUGGCCAUGGCAUAAUGGAAGAACCAGAGCUUACAUUAGUAAGCACCAGUGAUGUCAGUAUUGCUGAAGUGGAUUUUGCAAACUUAACCCUUGGAGAAAGGAAAGAGAAUGAGGCAGAAAGUUUUCAGGUGAGUGAAUUUCUGCCUCUUGUAUCAGAAACAGAAACCUCAGAUUAUCCAGCUGUAUCAGAGCAUUCUGUGGAGAAGCCAGCUAUAGCAUCAGCAGGAACCAUUCCCAAGUUUACACCUAUGCCAGGAAGCUUACAAGAAGCAUUUGUAAAGAAAAAAAAAUCAUUUAUAGAGAGAUCCUCUCAGAGACAGAAGGAAAUAAAGAAUAAAAUUCGUGUCUCAGAAAAUUCUCCAAGCAAAAUAGUUAAGGGGAAACCUACAGGUUCAUCUGUGAGUUGCCUAAAAGGUGUGACUAGAGUGUUACUUCCCCAAGACAGAAAGACUGCACAAGCCCUCAUGCACCAAAGAGCUCUAAGAUUAUACAAUCAGUUAGAUGAGAAAGCAAAGCAAGAUGCUUAUGCCCAAAAUAGAGCAAGGGCAAAAGAAUUUCAUAAGAAAACACUAGAAAAACUUCGAGCCAAAAAUACAUGCUGACUUUCCACAAAAAGCAUAAAGGUUUUUUAUUACGUGUAACAUAGGCAUAAUUAUUUAAAAUAAAUUUUUAUUUAAGGAA